GUCCUGAAACCACAACCAGAGACAGUCUAUGCAGCCCAGUGGCCACAGCCAGAGCCAGCUGCAAAGAUGCCAGAUACUACUUUGACAGCCUGCUUCUUCUGCCUCCUUGCUUUCACCUCUGCCUGCUACUUCCAGAACUGUCCAAGGGGAGGCAAGCGCGCUCUGUCCAACACAGAACUCCGGCAGUGCCUCCCAUGUGGUCCCGGAAGCAAAGGACGUUGCUUUGGACCAAACAUCUGCUGUGAGGAGGAAUUGGGCUGCUACAUGGGCACUUCUGAGAGCUUGAGGUGCCAGGAAGAAAACUACCUGCUCUCCCCGUGCCAGUCUGGACAGAAACCCUGCGGGAAUGGCGGUCGCUGCGCGGCUCCGGAAAUCUGCUGCAAUGCUGAAAGCUGCAUGGUGGAACCAGCCUGCCGAGAGGAAGCAGGCAGUCGGAGAAGAGCAAGAGCCAGUGAGAAGAGCAAUGGAACCCUGGAUGGACCCGCCAGUGCCUUCCUCCUUCGUCUGGUACAGCUGGCUGGCCAACAGAUGGGUGAGCUGCAGCCACAACCUCAAGAAGAGCAAGUUGCCUAUUGAUGGUUCCUGUUCUUCACAUGACUUCCCCUGUUUCCUAUCUUUCCUGCAAAUAUAAAUAAAGAUCCUUCACUUGCACUGGG